CCAGGGGGUGAAGUCGCGGGCGCAUCAUGGCUGCCUGCCGGCUUGCGGCUCCUGGCUCCGAACAAGCCUGGCUUGAGGCUGCCCAGGCCUUCAUCCAAGAGACCCUGUGUCCACCUGGCAAGGAGCCUGAUGUCCAGUUGACAGAGUUGGUACUUGACUGUGUGAAGAGCUUCUGGUUGGCCCAGGGAAGGAACCAGGGUUUAACACUGCCCCUCAGCUACAGCUUUGUCUCAGUAAAGGACCUCAGGACCCACCAGCGCCUCCCGUGCUGCAGCCACUUGUCCUGGAGCAGUACUGCAUACCAGGCUUGGGCCCAAGAGGCUGGUCCACAUGGGGUCCCCCUGCCCCGGGAACGGCUCUUACUUUUAGGGACACUAACAGACCUAUCAGGGGACUUGAAACAAGAGUGCAGGAAUGGAAGCCUCUAUAUAAGAGAUAACACUGGUACCCUGGGCUGUGAGCUCAUAGAUCUGGACCUUUCUUGGUUGGGCCAUCUCUUCAUGUUCCCCAGCUGGAGUUACCUCCCUCCUACGAUGCAGUCCUCAGGAGAAGGGCACUUGGAGCUCUGGGGUACCCCUGUGCCAGUGUUUCCCUUGACCAUCAGUCCUGGCCCUCUUACUCCCAUCCCUGUUCUCUACCCAGAGAUGGCUUCCCGCCUGCUCAGGCACAGAAGCAAGCACAGAAAUGUGCAGCCAAACCUUGCCGGGGAGCUGAUUCGAUUGAGUGCUCUGGUGAAAAGUCAAAGGAAAGCUUACUUCGUCCUGUCUCUUGGCGGAUCAUCGCCAGCUGGCAGCCGUGUGUCUGUCAUCGUGCAGGUCCCUGCCCAGCUGGUGUGGCACCGAGCCCUUCGGCCUGGCAGGGACUAUGUGCUGACAGAGCUGCGAGUGUCCAAGCUCCCUGGUCACCGUCACCGGAUUUGGAUGACCAGUCCCUCCUCCCAGCUGUUGCUGCUGAAACCAGAAUGUGUGCGAGAGCUGGAACUGGAGCUGGACGGAGCCCCCUUGGAGGCUGACCCCCAGCCACUCCCCAUGCCCAGCAACCCCCAAGACAAGAAGUGUCCAGGGCCAGAGGCUCUUGUCCGGGACUCCAAACUCUUAUCAUACACGGGAAUGGUCACCGGCACGCUGAAUCAGCCUGCGGGCCUCUACGAGCUGGACGAGCAGCUGGGGCUCUGCCUCGCCUACCAGCAGUUCCGUGGCCUCAGGCGGGUGGUGCGACCAGGAGUCCAUCUGGAGCUCCAGGAUGUUCACCUCCUGCAGUUAAUGGGCGGGGGAACGAAAAGGCCCAUGUUAGCCCCCUGCCUCCGUGGCGCUGUUCUGCUUCGGGGCUUCUCUUGUCAGAUGCCUGAGACUCAGUCUUCCCACCGAGCCCCUGGGGCCUCCCUGUAUGAGCAGCUGGUGUGGGAACAUCAGUUAGGACUUCCCCUCUACCUGUGGGCCACCAAGGCCCUGGAGGAGUUGGCCUGCAAGCUGUGUCCCCACAUGCUGAGACACCGCCAGUUCCUGCAGCAUUCCUCGCCUGGGAACCCCAGCCUGGGACUGCAAAUCCUGGCUCCUACCUUGGAGGUUCUCAUUCCACCUGGCUGCCCCGGUCGGAGUACACACAGUGAGAUCCUUGAAGAGCCACAUCACUGUCCACUGCAGAAGUACGUUCGACUGCAGACUCCCUGCUCUUUCCCUACUCUGGCCGCCCUGAAAGAAGAAGGGAAGCGCAGGGCCUGGGCCUCCUUUGACCCUAAGACCCUUCUGUCCCUGCCAGAGGCUUCUCACCUGCCCAGUUGCCAACUCAAUCAGCGCCUGGCCUGGUCCUGGCUCUGUUUGCUGCCCUCGACCUUCCACCCGGCCCCGGUUCUACUUGGAGUUCUGGUGCCUUCAUCUCGUAAAGGAUGUCUGCGACUUCAGGACCAAAGUGGUUCCCUCCCCUGCCUGCUCCUGGCCAAGCCCUCACAGCCCCUCACUGACCCCGGGCUCAUAGGCUGCCUGGUGCGGGCAGAGAGGUUCCAGUUGGUUGUAGAAAGGAAUGUCAGAAGCAGCUUCCCCUCCUGGAAGGAGCUGAGCAUGACAGGCUUCAUCCAGAAGCAGCAGGCCAGAGUCUACGUCCAGAUUUUUCUGGCCGAUGCCCUGAUCUUGUCUGUGCCCAGACCUGUCCUUCACUCAGCCACCUCUUCAGCACCUCCUCGGACAGAGCCCUCCCUCCCAGAGGGUCCCUGCAUAGGACAGAGCCGGCUGUUCUUGCUGUCCCACAAGGAGGCACUGAUGAAAAGGAACUUCUGUAUCCCCUCAGGAGCCAGUUCGGAGGUGCCCAAGCCCACCCUCAGUUUCCACGUGCUAGGGAGCUGGCUUGGGGGCACCCAGAGGAAGGAGGGAACUGGAUGGGGCCCACCAUCCGAGCCUAGGGAAGAUGAAAACUCAGAUCAGAAGGUUCUCCUCAUCUUCCUCGGCUCCUCAGUCCGCUGGUUUGAGUUCUUGCACCCAGGGCAAGUGUACCGACUCAGGGCUCCUGGCCCUCCCACACCAAUGUUGUUCGAGGGCGGUGGUUCGUCCUGCACGUCGCGGCGUCCUCUGGAGCUGGCUGGCUGUGCCUCCUGCCUCACUGUCCGGGAGGAGUGGACCCUGGAACUCGCGAGCUCCCAGGACAUCCCAGAGGUGCUGGGUAUCAGCAGGGCACUGCCUGAAUCCUCUCUGACUGACCUGCUCAGUGGCAAUUGCACGGAUUCCUUGGUGUCUUUCUCAGCUGAGAUUUUGUCACAUGUCUGGAUGAAGCCUGGGAGUUCUGGGACCACGAGACAGUGUGUGAAGCUCACUGUAGCUCUGGAGACGGCCGACUGCGAAUUCCCCCCUCGCUUGGACGUAUAUAUCGAAGGCCCACACUUGCCUGCCCCACUGGGACUUCUUCCAGGAGCCCGAGUCUACUUCAAGCAGCUGGAGAGAAGGGUUUCCAGAUCUCACAACGUUUACUGUUGUUUCCGUUCGUCUACAUACGUGCAGGUCCUGAGCUUUCCCCCCGAUACCACAAUCAGUGCCCCGCUGCCCCACAUCUACCUGGCCGAACUUCUACAGGGUGACAAGGCCCCAUUCCGGGCCACUGCCUCUUGCCAUGUCGUUUCUGUCUUCAGCCUUCAGCUCCUCUGGGUGUGUGCUCAUUGUACCAGCAUCUGCCCGCAGGGAAGGUGUACUCGUCAGAGCCCCGCUUGCCCCACUCAGACGUCUAUAAGCCAGGCCAGCAUCAGGCUCCUGGUGGAGGAUGGGACUGCCGAAGCUAUGGUGACCUGUAGAAAUCAUCAAGUGGCAGCAGUACUAGGGCUGUAUCCCAGUGAGUGGACCUCCCUCCUUGAGUUUGUCCGAGGACCAGGGAGAGUGGCCUUGCAAUUUACAGGGCCUGGAGCCCAGCUUGAGCCCUCAGCCACGGUGGAGGAGCCCUUGACCCUCUUCCUCUGGACACUCUGUACCAGCUUCUCUGUCCUCCGUCCUAUUGUGCUUUCUUUUGAGCUUGAGAAGAAACCCUCCAAGAUCAUCCGGUUAGAACCUCCACGGCUACAGCGAUUCCAGUGUGGGGAGUUUCCAUUCCUGACUCGUGUGAAUCCCAGGAUCCAGCUGUCAUGUCUCUCUAUCCAGGAGCCUGAGCACCCCAGUGCCCUGGGGGCCUUAGUUUCCUCCUGCUAACCGGAACAGCAGUAGCCUAAAAGUUCUUCCUGCCCUGCUGGAAACUUUGAGGCCUGGGCUCAGAUCUUCUCCCUUGUCAUGGCCCCUGGCUUCUCUGUGAUUGAACCAGGACCCCAGAUCCCUGGAUUCACAAAAGGCUACCCUACUGUUAUUUCUCCUGUGUUCCCAUGCCAGCCUGCUCCGAGGAAUUUGUGGAAACAGGCAAAUCAUGGUGCAGUUGCUAUUUCCUCUCAGGUUGGUGUCAAGGCACCUGUACUCACAGGUGGCCCUGAGCACCUGGAUUCUGUCUUUGUGUCAGGGACUUGCCCCUUGUGGGGAUGCUCGUGACAGGCCCCUUGGUCUACAGUAAA